GGCGACAAGGUGCUUCUUCUAUAGUCAUACAUAAUUUCAGGAUAUUUACGAUUAAUGCUUUGUAUAAAACGUACUUAAUUAUUGGGAUACAAAGAAAUGCCACAAUAUACGUGCAAUGAAAAUAACAUCGAAUAUAUAAGUAUUUUUACUACUAAAAAUAUUGGGUAAAAUAAUUUCGACGUAUAUGAAAUUUUAUUUAAAGAUAUUCAAUGAAUAUCAUGUAUGAUAUUUCAUAAUUGUCAUACGUGGUCUUUAAGCAUAAAUAAUUAUCUUUGUAUUGUUUAAUUACGCUUAAAUUAUGAGCGUUGACAGCGAAAAUAAGUCAAAUGAAGCUAUUGCUCCAUUUUCACCAUCAGCAGAUCAGGAAAAUGCAGAUAAUGGAAACAUUCAAGGAACUAAUAUAACCCCAGAAAUGGUGCUACGAUUACCUACAAUUACUGAUAAGUAUUUAUGUUCUCCUGAGGCAAAUAUUUAUGAUAUAGAUUUUACAAGAUUUCAAAUUAGAGAUUUAGAAACAGGAGCAAUAUUAUUUGAGAUAACAAAACCUCCAGCUAUUGAAUGUGAUUCUAAUCAAGAUGUGGAACCAGAAAAUGAAGAGUCUGGUUGUGAGGAUGCUAAUACUGGCCGUUUUGUACGAUAUCAAUUUACACCUCAGUUUCUUAAAUUGAAGACUGUUGGAGCUACAAUUGAGUUUCUAGUGGGUUCUAAACCUGUGAACAAUUUUCGAAUGAUUGAACGUCACUUCUUUAGGGACAGGUUGUUGAAAACUUUUGACUUUCAAUUUGGGUUUUGUAUACCAAAUAGCAAGAAUACUUGUGAACACAUUUAUGAAUUUCCUACUUUACCUGCUGACUUGGUUUCUGAAAUGAUUGCUAAUCCAUUUGAAACACGUUCGGAUUCUUUUUAUUUUGUGGACAAUCAAUUGGUCAUGCAUAAUAAAGCUGAUUAUGCAUAUAAUGGUGGGCAUACACAUGAUGUACUUUAGUAACUGAAGUCAGUAAAAAUAAUUUGCACUUGCAAAAAAUGAUUGUGAUAAUAGUAGCGAAUAUUUAGCUAAUUUAAAAUUACAAUCUUAUUUCUUUUUAUAAAUGUUGAAUUUGCAUCAUAUGCAAUUUUUCACUUUUUUAAUUCAAUUUAUUUCUAGUUCAGUAUUUAGAACACUUCUCUAUGUUGUACUUAUAUUUGAAUAAAAAUAUUUUUGUUUUAUUAUAAUCAAAAAUUCUAUUGAUGCUUAAUAUUUAAAUAGUUGUUUUCUUAAAUAUGGCCUUACAU